AUGGGGCUUUUCUCGCCCAGAUAUCGUGACAGUGGUCAUGAUUGUGAGUCUUCGGCGCUCAGGAACUGUGCGCCCUACGGUCCUCGCCACGGACCCGAGGAACAUGUGCGGGUGAAGCCAAUCUCUGGAUCUCGUCAGAGAUCGUCCGGGUGCACGAGCGAAACAACUGGACCGGAUGAAACGGAAGAUGUGAUCGGUGCUGUGGAUGGCACACUGGUCCGGAUAAGGACUCCAGCUGUUGACGGGUGGCAGUACGUCAGCAGGAAAGGAACAUCUUGCCUCAACGUCUGCAUCAUCGCAGACGCUGUAGGCCGAAUCCUGUACGUCAACAGCGGGUCCCCAGGAUCGGUGCACGAUGCCACUGUUUGGCGUGACUCCGCACCUGCUGCGGUCUUCAAUUGUCUAGCAAGGAGGUUAUCACCUUCUUGGCGAUAUGGGGUACGGCAACGGCGGGGCGGAAUAAUUACGUCAUUCCGGUUCACUGCCGUCCAAGGAAGACGCGAGGAAAACGCGAUAUAA